AUGGCGGAACUAUUUCGUGAUACCGUCGCUGGACAGACUUUGCGGCUGAUCACACGAAGAAGAAUCUUACAGUACCCUGAAGAACGAGAUCCGACGCUAUGGCAGAAGUACAUUAACCGCGAGAAAUCAGCUAACGUUGCCACCCAUGGUACUACUGCGCCGGUUUCGCCGGAGGAGCAGAAAGAUGCUGAGAUACGUCCCUGGAAUGAUGGAAAUGAGCUUGCCACCCCACAAAGUUCACCUUCCUCAGGCUCAUCAUCAACAACACUGGAGGAUGAUGAACAGAUUGUCAAUAUUGCCAGUAACCAGAAGGUCGACCCCGAGAAAGGCCGAGAUGCAGAUAUUGUUGACUGGUAUGGACCGGAUGAUUCAGAAAAUCCACGAAACUGGGGCAGAAUCAAAAAGUUUUGGGUUACGUUUGAAAUCUGCCUACUCACUUUCUCGGUCUAUGUCGGUUCAGCUAUCUACACCGCGGGAAUUCUCGACAUCAGCAAAACUUUCGGUGUCAGUGAGGUCGCUGCUACUCUGGGUCUCACUCUCUUCGUUCUGGGAUACGCAAUAGGCCCGAUGCUUUGGUCUCCAAUGUCAGAGGUCCCGCAAAUCGGACGUGGCCCUGUCUACAUAGGGACAUUGGCACUAUUCGUCGUCCUUCAAGUUCCCACCGCCUUGGCGACCAAUUUUGGAAUGCUCUUAGCGUUCCGCUUCCUCACCGGUUUCGUGGGCUCUCCAUCCCUGGCGACCGGCGGAGCUUCCAUCGGAGACAUGUAUUCGCCGUCGAAGCGGACUUAUGGCUUAGCCGUGUGGGGUGUGGGCGCGGUGUGCGGUCCGGUUCUGGGUCCACUCUUGGGCGGAUUCGCUGCAGAAGCGGAAGGGUGGACGUGGACGAUCUGGGAACUGAUGUGGCUGUCCGGGUUCACGUUGGUUCUCCUAACCUUUCUCAUGCCGGAAACCUCAUCUGCCAACAUUCUCUAUCGACGGACCAUGCGUCUCCGCAGGCUUACUGGCAAUGACAAAUUGAUCUGCGAACCACAGCUUAUUGGAGAGCAAAUGAGCGGAAAGGAUAUUGUCAUGAUGAUUCUUGUCCGUCCUUUCACCCUAUCGUUUACUGAGCCCAUGGUUUUUCUACUCAAUAUGUACAUCGCGCUCAUCUACGGCUUGCUUUACAUCUGGUUCGAGAGUUUUCCGAUUGUCUUCAACGGCAUAUACGGGUUCAGUCUCGGCAUGGAAGGGCUUGCGUUCAUGGGAAUAUUCGUCGGGGUGCUCAUAACACUUCCUCCUUUUGUCUGGUACCAGAUGAAGUAUAUCGAACCCAAAUUCAACGACAAGGGAGACCUCAUACCGGAGUGGCGGCUCCCACCGGCGUUUGUGGGCGCGUUCGCCAUUCCCAUAUGCUUGUUUUGGUUCGGUUGGUCUGCAAGACCCGACAUCCAUUGGAUCAUGCCGAUCAUUGGGACCGCCUUCUUCAGCAUUGGCGCCUUUUUGAUGUUCAACAGUGUCCUCAACUAUCUGGCUGACGCUUAUCCGGAUUAUGCGGCGAGUGUUCUGGCUGGCAACGACUUGUUUCGUUCUUCAGUCGGUGCUGGCUUUCCACUUUUUGCAACGGCAAUGUACAACAAUCUGGGCGUCAACUGGGCCAGUUCUACGCUUGCAUUUUUGUCGAUUGCGUUUAUUCCUAUUCCAUUCCUGCUGUUCAAGUAUGGUGAGCGGUUGAGAAUGCUCAGCAAAUAUGCUAAGAAUGAUUAUUAG